CGCGCUCAACUUUUGCGGCCAUGCCUCCCAGCACUAAAAAGCGGUCCGCGCGCUCAGCACCGGCGAAUAUUGCUCCAGCGAAGAAGCGCAAGCUGAGCCAGAAGGGUAAGGAGAAGGCGCCCAAGAAAGUGAAGGCGUCGGAGCGCAAGACGGUUCCCCUUCCCCCUACUGCGAACGACGAUAGCGAUGGAGAUGUGUCAGAGGAGAAUUUGGAGCUGCUGGAUAAUUAUGGCCAGGCAGCUACCUUUCUGACAUCGCUCGAUGCGAAAGCCAUAUCACGGAGCAAAUCAGAGACCCAGAGAUUACACGAGCUACACAAACCUCAGCGCCCCAAGGUCGCCGUCGACGAUGAUCUACCCUCCAUCGACUCUGAUGGCGAGAUGGACGAUGGCCAGGUUUGGAGCUCCGACGUACCUGACGAUGAAGGGGACCUCAGCGACGAAGACGAUGAAGACGUGCUGGAUUCUGACUCAGAUGCUGAGAUGCCCUAUGAAGCUGCCCCUCGCGCAGCCUUCAAGCCUCCGAAGGAGUCGAACGCCAUCUCGCGCCUUCCGAUCAAACUAGCGGACGGACGCGUUCAGAAGACUGGAGCUCAGCCCGCAGCACCCCUGUCAUCCGGCGAAGACACAGACGAGUCCUCUGAAGAAGAAGAGCGAGAGCUUCCACCGAAGCACAACGUCGAAGACGUCUCGACUGGCGCACGCUUCGGUCGUCCGGCUGUUGCCGACGUGAUCAGCACCAAGUCGCGUAAAGCACGACUACAACUGGCGAAAGAUCAGAUUGCCAGCAUCUGCCAGGACAUUGUAGCCGAUCCGGAGAACAGCUUAGGUCUGCUUAAGCGUCUGCAUAGUUUCUCCCUGCCCAGCAUCACCACCCCCACGCAGUCUGAGCCCGUACCCAAUGACCCCAUCAUCCGAAAAUUGGCCAUCCUAUCUCAGCUUGCCGUCUUCAAGGACAUCAUCCCUGGCUACCGGAUACGCGCCCUGACUGACAAGGAAAAGGCCGAGAAGGUCAGCCAGCAGGUCGCACGCCAGCGCGAAUACGAGCAGGGCCUAGUCGGCGUGUACCAGGCUUACUUGCGCGCCCUAGAAGCCGAGAUCAAGGCCCGCUCCGAACUUGCGGAAGUCGCCUUGCAGUCUAUGUGCGCCCUGCUCAAGGAAGUCACCCACUUCAACUUCCGCACCAACCUCAUGAGCUGCAUCGUUGCCCGCCUCUCCAAGAAAUCCUGGGACGCCUCCUCUGACCUCUGCCUUGCCACCAUCAACGCCGUCUUCCGCGCUGACCAGUACGGCACGCCCUCCCUCGAGUUCGUCCGCCUCAUCAAUCGUAUGGUGAAGGAGAAGCACUUCCAGGUGCACCCGAACACGCUCAGCUGCCUGACGAAUUUGCGCUUGAUGCGCGAGCUUGGGAAUGUGCGCGCGAGUCAAAGUCGCGUGGACCGGGAACAAGAGCAGGGAAAGGGGAAAGGGAAGAAGGGCAAGAAGGGGGAUAAGCCGUAUUUGAGCAAGAAGGCGCGCAAGAACGAGAAGGAGCGCAAGGAGAUUGAGAAGGAGAUGAAAGAGGCGGAGGAGGUUGUUGACCGGGAAGAGCGGCAAGCAACGCAUACGGAGACCUUAAAGUUGAUCUUCGUGCUAUACUUCCGCAUACUGAAGCAGCCGACGUAUACACCGCUCUUGCCAGCAGCACUGCGUGGAAUCGCUCGUUUUGCCCACCUCGUCAACAUCGAAUUCUUCCGUGACCUAAUGGCCGUGCUGCGGGAGAUUGUGGACGGUCGAGGCGCACCGGCCGCUGGCGAGCAGGACGCUGAUCAUGAGAAUGGUGCCGACCUCUACGUUCGUUUACUGUGCAUCAACACCGCCUUCGAGUUGCUUUCGGGGCAAGGCGAGGCCUUGAACAUCGACUUAAGCGACUUCUACACCAGACUAUAUGCCCUCACCAUCCCAUUAUCUAUGCACGUCGCCUACGCGCCGCACUCCUCAGCCCAUGGCAUUCAAUCCUCACCCAACGACAUCGCCAACCUCCUCCUCACCAUGCUCAGCAAGCAUCCUCCCCCACGCGCCCUCAUGCCCGCCUUCGCCAAACGCCUCUGCACCGCCUGCCUCGUCCUCCCUGCGGCCGCUGCCGUGCAAGCGCUUGACGUCGUGCGCACCUUCACCGUCCGCGACACUCGCCUGCAGGGCAUGAUCGUCGGCGACGGCGGCGACGAGGGCGGCUACGAUGGCGUGCGCGGGCGCAAGGUCACGGUGGCCACGGGACUGUCCGCCACCGGGAGCAUAUUUGGCGCCGCGCUGGAUGACCCGACGCUCGUUGACCCACUCAGUCGGUCGUCGGCAUUGUGGGAGGUGACGAUGCUGGCUCACCACAGCCACGAUGGCGUCCGGGAGGCCGCUGCAAAGUUGAUAGCGGCAGGGAAGGGGGAGUUGGAUUAGGUUCCUUUCUACGACCUGUACACUUGUACGUUUCCCAAUUGCCUAGUCCACUGUACUCAUGAUUACCCCUGUUAUCUCCCGGGAAAUGCCGGCGGCCAUAAAAGCCUCCGCGGAAGUAGAUCGUCG